CCCCGCCUCUUUCCCGGGUUGUAUUAAGCCGGUCCGAAGCAGCCGCCGGCCCUCCCGGCGUCCCAGCACCAUGGCCUGGAACACCAAUCUACGCAGGCGACUGCCACUCUUCUGCCUGCUCUUCGAGGUGGCCAUGGUGGUUCUGUUUGCCCUGUACGUGCGCUUCAACCCCGACUCAGACCCAGACUGGAAGUAUGAGAAGAGGAAAGCGAACAUCACCAGCGAUAUAGAGAACGAAUUCUACUACAGUUAUCCAAGCUUCCAGGACGUGCACGUGAUGGUGUUCUUGGGUUUCGGCUUCCUCAUGACCUUCCUGCACCGCUAUGGCUACUCCGCCGUUGGCUUCAACUUCCUGCUGGCAGCCAUGGGCAUCCAGUGGGCGCUGCUCAUGCAAGGCUGGUUCCAGCAUACCAGGGACAACUACAUCCUCCUGGGCAUCAAGAACCUCAUCGAUGCCGACUUAAGCGUGGCCUCUGUGUGUGUGGCCUUCGGGGCAGUUCUGGGCAAGGUGAGCCCUCUCCAGAUGCUCCUCAUGACCUUCUUCCAAGUGACUCUCUUCUCAACAAACCAGUACAUCCUCUUACACCAGCUAGAGGCGAAGGAUGCGGGGGGCUCCAUGACCAUCCACAUGUUCGGCGCCUACUUUGGGCUCGUGGUGACGUGGAUUCUCUACCGGCCCAACCUAGACCAGUGCAAGGAGCGGCAGCGUCCUGUGUACCACUCGAACCUCUUUGCCAUGAUUGGCACCCUCUUCCUGUGGAUAUACUGGCCCAGCUUCAACUCCGCCAUGUCCUUCCGUGGCGAUGCCCAGCACCGGGCAGCCAUCAACACCUGUUGCUCCUUGGCAGCCAGCGUGCUCACCUCAGUGGCAGUGUCCAGCAUGGUUCACAAGAAGGGCAAGCUGGACAUGGUGCACAUUCAGAACGCCACGCUGGCCGGCGGAGUGGGUGUGGGCACCGCUGCGGAGAUGAUGCUGUUCCCCUAUGGCGCCCUCGUCCUUGGCUUCAUCUGCGGAGGCGCCUCCACCCUGGGCUUUGUGUAUCUGACGCCAUUCCUGGAGUCCCGGCUGCAGCUCCAGGAUACAUGUGGCAUCCACAACCUGCAUGGCCUUCCGGGCCUCAUCGGUGGCAUCACGGGUGCUGUGGCCGCAGCCGUCGUCACCCCUGACAUCUAUGGAAGUCAAGGGCUGGAACAUUCCUCUGACUUUCAUCAGUACCAGGAUGAAUGGACCACAAGAGAACAAGGCAGGUAUCAGGCUUAUGGCCUCCUGCUGACCUUGGGCAUGGCCCUAGUGGGCGGCCUCAUCAUGGGGUUCAUUUUGAAAUUACCGAUCUGGGGACAAGCUGCGGAUGAGAACUGCUUUGACGAUUCCGUCUACUGGGAAAUGCAUGAAGAGAGCACGGACUCCAGUAGUCCCGAGGAGGGCAGCCCCCAACCCACGGCACCCACAGCAAUACCUGGACCUUCAGCAACCUUGGCACCCUAA